GGUAAAAUAGGUUUUGUGGAUGCCCUGUGUCGUGCAAUGGAUAGUCUAUACUGAUUGGUGGAUGACAAACGAUUGACAUUUACAUUGAGAGCGGUUUUCGUUCGCUGGUCGUCGGCCAUCGAAAGCUAAAAUGGCCACGAAUCACGGUUGGAAAUCAAGUUUUCAAGACAGUAAAAUUGCUGGGUUGUAUGAUCUAGGCGAGACAUUAGGAAAAGGACAUUUUGCAGUCGUGAAAACUGCAAGGCAUGUUUUCACAGGCGAACGAGUGGCCGUAAAAGUCAUCGACAAGACAAAACUUGACGAGAUCGCGAGGGAACAUCUGAUGAAAGAAGUGCGUUGCAUGAAGCUUGUUCAACAUCCCAACGUUGUCAAACUCUACGAAGUGAUCGAUACCAAAACUAAGCUUUAUCUCAUUCUUGAACUGGGCGAUGGUGGAGACAUGUAUGAUUACAUAAUGAACCACGAACAAGGGCUGACGGAGGAGAAAGCUCAAUACUUUUUCAGACAAAUCGUACUUGCAAUCGAUUACUGCCACAAAUUGCAUGUUGUUCACAGAGAUUUAAAGCCUGAAAAUGUCAUCUUUUUCAAAAACAAAGACUUGGCGAAGCUUACAGACUUUGGAUUCUCAAAUAAUUUCAUUCCCAACCAAAAACUGGAGACGGCUUGUGGRUCGCUGGCUUAUUCAGCGCCUGAAGUUUUGCUAGGAGAGUCGUAUGAGGCACCCGCAGUUGAUGUUUGGAGUCUUGGAGUUAUAUUGUUUAUGCUUGUUACUGGUCAAGCACCAUUCAAUGAAGCCAAUGAUAGUGAAACACUAACAAAGAUCAUGGAUUGUCAUUAUGAAGUGCCUCCCCAUGUCUCAAACUCUUGUAAAAGUCUCAUAUCUCGUAUGCUUAUCCGUGAACCUGGCCAUAGAGCAAAUCUCAAUGAAAUUAUAGAGCACCCUUGGUUACAACAAGGUACAACACCUCUUAUCCCUUACGAUGCACCAUUAGUGACUGAGCUGCCACUUUCAUCUGAUGAACACCUACGUAUAGUUGAUAAGAUGGAGACUGGUAAUUUGGCUUGUAGAGAGGAAAUUUUAAGAUCUCUACGUGAAGAUCCUUAUGAUCACACUGCUGCUACGUACUUUCUUCUUGCUGAGCAGUAUCUUCGCAGACUUAAAAUUGCACAAGAUAUGGAAAACUCAGGUGUUGCAAAGAAGAAAAGGAGAAGUAGAGGAUCAUUACCUGACAAUUCGCUGAGACCACACAGAAAAACCCAGUCCAGACCAUCAUCUGCUGAGAGUGACAGUGGAUCAGAAAAGUCGAGUGACAACAGCCCUCGCACAAGUUUCAGGAGACUUGUACCCAGAGAAGGACAAAUUAUGAACAAAUGUAUCCAGGCACAAGCAGUAGAAGUUGAUGAGGCUUUGCACAGUUCCAUGGAGGAAGAUGACUGCAAUCUAAUGGAAAGUCACCGCAUAUUCAGGUCUUUAGAUGAUUUCUCAUCAAGUUCAACGUCGUCGAGCAGAGGACUAUACACAACAGAAGAUCAUAUACGACCAGCCCUUGUGCCAUCACGUCCUAGACAGCGUAAAUCACACAAUUCGCACAUGGCGCUAGCGAAAGCAAAAAGUACUCCAGGSCAUUUAAAUCAAAUAUUUGAGGAACGCGAAUCUGAUUUGGAAGAUAGUCCACGGAACUCACCCCAAAUAGAGCGAGCUCGAAAGCAUAUUGGAGGAGGCGCCAUUAAAGCAAGACGCAAUAAUCGGCGGUUAUCACCCGUACCUUCUACAGGUAGUAGCAGGCGGUCCUCAAGUUGUAGUAGUUCUGAUGACGAUGAUUUAGACAAGCACAUGAAGAGGUUGAAUACAAGUUCAAGCUGUAGAAGAAGUCCAGGCCAGCAUUACCGUAAGGAUGACAGUGGAAGUGAGGGGGAUGGCGGAGGAGGAGCUAACGUCCAGAGAACUGUACGGUCACUAGGAUCAUCUUCAUCAGCACAACCACCGUCAAAAGACCCGGACAAUGGCUCAAAACAAGACUCACAGAAGCAAAGUAGUGGCGGGAAAACAAGUUCGUUGGUCAGAAACAAUAUUAUUGAAAGUAUAUUUACUUUGGAUGCGAUUGAUGAGAGCAACAAAGAAAACUUUUACAGCGAUAACAAGAUAAAAGACGACAUGCUUGGGCAUAGCUUAGAUCUUACACAACGCAGCAGAGAACAUGCUGUAAAAUGUCGCGUAAAUAGUGCACCUUUACCUGCCAAGAGUGAGGUUGAACACAUCAGCAGGACGUACAGCAUGCUUUGUGAACGCAAGGGAAGCGCUGUCAAGUACAUUCAUAGUUUUGCGGAAUUAGAGAAAACUCUUGAAAAUAAUAACGAAAGCUUGUCGUUAGUUGGAUCAGGAAAGAGAGAUUCUUUGACACCAGCUGACAUCGACAACAUAGAUAUGGAAGUAAAACGACCCAGAACAAUUAAUUCGGAUCGCUUGCCACAAGUACUACGCAGUCAGACAGUGAGGUCUGUCACUAGUGCUUGCUGUCAGAUAUUCUAAUUGAAAAUUAGAGCCUAUUUAUAUGAAGUGGGCUGGCCCGGUUAACAGGGCUGAUUUCUGUUAUGUUGUGACCCCGAAGGAAAAGAAAACCAAAGAAACCAUCCCGUUGAACCUGGUCAAUACGCUACAUGUAAUCAGACGCGUGCUCAUUACAUAAACCCAUGAAACAAAUAGCAGUAUCUGAAGUAAAAUCCGUAUGGAAACAAUAGCAAUAAGUCAAGGAAUAGCCUGUAGAGUGCCCUGCAAAGAAGACUGCGAACAACAGAGUGCAUAAUUUCUCAGAAUGAAUUGAAAUUGCAUGGAAAUUAAUAUAACAAAUAUAGUAAUUAAUACCCAUAAUUAAUAGCCCUAGUAUAAAUAAAAGUUUUACGAUCGUUUUCUYCAUUCAUCGAAAUAAUUCACACGCAAGGUGUAAAUUGGGAAAAGAACUGAUUUCAUUGGUAGCCUGGUUUUGCUACCACAGGUAAUCCAGCCAACAUGUCAGCCUCGAAGACUUUUGAAAACCUUUUUCAUGUUUGCCUAGCUUUUUUCAUAUAGACCUAUUUUUUAUACCAUUAUUGUUCACUUUGGUAUAUUUCUCUUGCUUUCUUACUGUGUGGUCACACGCGAACCGUGAAACGUUUCUUGCUAAUGUAAGCUGUCGAGUUCAGUGUAUUCCCUGUAUUUCAAGAUUUGAGUAGCAGAAAGGUUGUGGUUUUAGUGCCCUCACGGUAAAGAAGAAGAGAUUAGUGAACACGCCUGCCUCUAAAAAACAUCUGCUCGUAUCUUAUAAAUUUUCUGCGUUGUUUAUCAGUACCCCACUGCAAUCUUCCAAUUACCGUCGAGCUGUUUGGCUUAAUUAAAAAAGAGAGAUGGAAAACUUGGUUGACGGGCAACUAAAGCCGUAAUUGCGCCGGAAGAAACAUGAAUCUAGUAACUCCUUUGUUUUUAGGGAUCUUUUAAACCAGAAAAACUAAAUGA